AUGGUCAUCGUGGGCAAGCAGCGCGAGGAGGAUGUCGCGGAGCCCGUCUUGGAGAAAUUGGUCAGGGAAGACCGCACGCCAUGGUACAAAAAGCCUAACCUGAGGAGUCUGUAUUUGAUUCUCUUCCCGGCUUGCAUGGGCAUUGAAAUCACGUCUGGCUUCGAUUCUCAGAUCAUCAACGUUGUCCAGAUCGUGUAUACUUGGAACAAAUAUUUCGGCAAAGACACUGGCGAGUUAACGGACGACGGUCUACCGAAAUACGAAAUCGUUAGUGAACUAAAGGGCUUUCUUGCAGCCGCGUAUUCCCUCGGCGCUGUCCUCGCGCUUCCCUUUGUGCCCUGGGUUAACCAGACAUUCGGCCGCCGAUGGACCAUUAUGUUCGGGUCCCUAGUUAGUCUCCUGGGGGCUUUCCUCCAGGGCUUCUCCAAUGGAACUGCUAUGUAUUGCAUGGCACGAAUCAUCCUCGGUUUCGGCAUCCCCUUCUGCAUUGUUGCGGGUUCAUCGUUGCUCGGUGAAUUGGGGUACCCCAAAGAACGACCAUUCCUCACUUCGCUGUUCAAUUCGUCCUACUUUAUCGGUUCGAUUGUCGCCGCUUCCGUCGGCUUGGGCACUGUGGAUAUCAAGACGGACUGGGCCUGGAGAACUCCAUCUCUACUCCAGAUUGCACCAGCUAUGGUACAGAUAGUGUUUGUGAUGUUCCUUCCCGAGAGUCCUCGUUACCUGAUCAGCAAAGACCGAACAGAGGAGGCUCACGACAUACUCGUCAAGUACCAUGCCGAAGGCAAUCGUGAUUCUGUCAUUGUGAAGGCUGAAAUCGCCCAGAUCGAGAAAACCAUCAGGAUCGAGCUGGAAGACGCCAAAAACACUUGGGGGGAUAUGUUCCGCACCGCCGGUAUGCGCCGCCGUCUCUUAAUUACUGCCGCUCUCGGUUUAUUCACCCAAUGGUCUGGAAAUACUUUAAUCUCCUACUAUCUGAGUGACUUGCUUGAUAUGGUGAACAUCACGGACUCGGUUGUGAAGUCGAAAAUCAACGUUGGAAUCAAUUGCUGGGGUUUUGUCACCGGAACCGUUCUCGCCCUGACCUCACCUCGCUUCAAGCGUAGAACAAUGUACCUCACCACUGCCUGUGCCAUGCUAUGCGUGUACACUUCCUGGACCAUCUCGAUGGCAAGAUUCCUCCAGACAGGAGCCCGCGCCGCUGGCGUUACGACCAUUGUGUUUAUCUUCCUGUACUCUCCGGCAUAUAACUUAGGCUAUAAUGCUCUAACCUACACAUACCUGGUUGAAAUAUUCCCUUACAUCGGCCGGUCCCGCGGCCUCUCAUGGUUCCAGUUCUUUGGCCGCGGGGCGACCUUCUUCGCCACCUAUGUCAAUCCCAUUGGACUCGACCGCAUCGCGUGGAAAUGGUUGAUCUUUUACUGCUGCUUGUUGGCAUUUGAACUUGUAUUCAUCUACUUCUUCUUCCCGGAGACCCAGGGUCGCACGCUUGAAGAGUUGUCUUUCCUGUUCGAGGGCCAGGAGAAGGCCAACGCGGUUGCUGCUGUUGUGCAUAAGCAGAUUGACGAGCCGGAGCCGCAAAAAGCGGCGACAACUGAGAUUCACGAGGAGAAGGUGUAA